AUGGAUUUGUUUAAAGUAGGUGAUUUCUAUACACAAAGAAUAUUCAAUUCUCAAGGGAGGGCCAAUGGUGGGUUUGGUGAAAUCUCUGGCUCUAAGAAGGGUACCACUGUUCUAAAUGAGUCUAGGAUCAAAGUCUUGUUAUUGGACAAGGAUACUACGCCAGUCAUAUCCAUGUGUGCCACUCAAAGUGACUUGUUGAAACAUGAAAUAUACCUUGUAGAGACAGUUGAAAACAACAAACGUGAUAUUAUGCGUCAUUUGAAGUGCCUAGUAUAUGUGAAACCAACUGAUAAGACAAUAGAUUGUCUGGUUAAAGAAUUAGAGAAUCCUCGAUAUGGUGAAUAUCAUAUCUUCUUUAAUAACAUGGUUUCAAAGUCUCAAUUGGAACGUUUGGCAGAAGCUGAUAGUUUAAGUGCCGUAGUUAAAGUAGAAGAGAUCUUCCAAGAUUACCAAGUUCUAAACGAGUACUUAUUUUCAUUUGAUAUGGAUAAUAGAUCAUUGCUAACGCAACAGGGAAUUUGGAGUGAAGGGAAUCUGGAAUCAACUACAUCGUGUUUGACAUCAUUGUUGCUAUCAUUAAAGAUUAAACCAGAGAUAAGGUACGAUUCAGGAAGCAAAGUAUGUCGAAGACUUGCACAAAAUGUGGAUAAGACUAUAUCUACAAAUGAAAAGGUAUUGUUUGAUUUCCCAAAGAUGGAUUCUUCACCAUGUUUGAUUAUUCUAGAUCGUAACGCUGACCCUUACACGCCAUUGUUACAACCAUGGACAUAUCAAUCCAUGAUCAACGAAUACAUUGGUAUCAAGAGGAACAUAGUAGACCUUAAGGAUAUUCCACAUGUUGAUAAAUUGUUAGCUAAAGUGACGUUAUCGUCAAAGGAGGAUCAAUUUUUCAAAGAGACACGGUAUUUAAAUUUUGGUGAAUUAGGUGAUAAAGUUUCGUCCUAUGUGAAUAAAUAUAAGGACAGUAGUCAAAUUAAUUCACAAUUGGAUUCGAUAGCCGACAUUAAGAAAUUUAUUGAAAAAUAUCCUGAGUUUAAGAAACUUUCUGGAAAUGUGUCCAAACAUAUGGCAAUUGUUGGAGAACUUGAUAGGCAGUUAGCUGACCAAAAUAUUUGGGAAGUUAGUGAAGUUGAACAGAACCUUGUUGUUCAUAAAGAAUACCAAGGUGAUUAUGAAGCCCUGUUGAAGCUUUUAAAGGAUCCAAAGAUUGAUAAGGAUUACAAAUUGAAACUAGGUUGUAUCUAUUUCUUGAGACAUGAUGAAUUGGAUAGUGAUGGAAAAAUUGAAAGGAUUAAUGAGAUCUUGGAAGUAUUGAAACAAUAUCUGCCCGCUGAGGAUAUUAAUUACAUUCAUAAGUUCCGUAAGCAAUUCCAAGAUUAUAAUAAGAAGGGUGCUUCUAACAGUAAUACAGAUGCAAGCAGCGGCGGCAGUGGCACAAAAGAUGAUUUAUUAAGUGAGUUGACAAAACGGUUCAAUAGUAAGAUGGAUUUGCAUCGUCGUAUACAUGACAAUUCUACAGACAAUGUGUAUAUGCAAUAUGUUCCCAGUGUGUCACGUAUAUUGAGUGAAUUAUCCAGUAAUAAAUUGAGCGAAUCAGUCUAUAAGACAUUAGGUGGGGAUUCUGGAGUCAACGACAAUUCAGCAAGGACUAGUCCACCUCCUCAAGAUGUGGUGUUGUUUAUUGUCGGUGGUGUCACGUUCGAGGAAUCACGGUUAGUGUAUGAAUUCAAUGAAACCAUGAAGGAUAAACAAGCGGGACGGAUGCGUGUUGUUCUUGGUGGUACUUCUGUUGUCAAUACUACACAAUAUAUAAACUUCCUAAGAUAA